AUGGGGGUCCAAGUAGGGGAUGUCCAAGUAACAGCAGUGGUAGAUACUGCUGCCCAGGUGACCAUCAUUUCUGAUAAGGUUUACAAUUCCCUGAAGCACAAGCCCCCCAAGAUAAGGGAUGUCGAGCUGCAAACGGCUGGCAGGGAAUUGUCUAUGGCAGCCUUUGUAGCCGGUCCGGUUAAGUUGAAGGUUGGUCACCAGUGGUACCAGGUCAACAUGUUUGUUGCCCCCAUUGAGCAACAAAUGCUGUUGGGCUUUGAUUUGCUUCGUGACCCUGGCAAAUCUGUGCUAGACAUGAGCAAGGCAGAGCUUUACUUUGAUGGUAUGCGCAUCUCCCUAGAUGUCCAUUCAUCAGAUAGUCCCUUGGUAUCCAAGGUAACAGUGUCUAAGAGACAGGUUAUCCCUCCACACUCUGUAGCGAGAGUCCAAUGCAGGUUGCACUCUCCCCUGCAUAGCUAUAUCGUGGAACCAGUGAACCAGAAGAAAUUUCUGGCUCCCCGAGUGUUACAUGAAGGCACUAACACCCCUGUGUUGUGUCUUGUUAAUCCAUCAGAUAGCUACCGCCUUGUCAGGAGAGGAACAGAGAUAGGGAGGGCAUAUGCCAUCAGUGAAGUUGUCGGGAAUGAGUGUGAUGUUGAAACAUCUUUGCCCAGCAAAGUGUUUGAAACAUCAGGUGCGGUUGGUCCAAUACCACCACACCUGCAGGAGGUCUAUGACACCUCUUGUGGCAGCCUUGAUGAAGGUCAACAGAUUCAAUUCGCGCAAUUGCUGAUUGAGUUCCAAGAUGUCUUCAUCAAGGGUGAACUUGACCUUGGUGACUUCACUGAUAAGGAACGUGAUAUAGAUACCAAGGAGGCAAAGCUUGUGAAGCAAGGUAUGAGGCGAAAGCCAACAUGCUUUGCAGGGGCAGAAGAGGGUCAGCCUCAGGGAAUGCCGAAGGCUGGGGGUGUACAAGAUGCCACAUCCAAAUGGGCAUCUGCUCCAGUUUUGAUAAGGAAACAUGACGGCUCUGUGCGUUAUUGCAUAGACUAUAUGACGUUGAAUAAGGUUACAGUCAAAGACGUGUAUCCUUUGCCUUUAGUCGAUGAUUGCAUGGACACAUUUGCUGGCAGUGUUUGGUUUUCAAAAUUGGAUGCCAACUCCGUAUUCUUCCAGUUAAACAUCAGAGAAGGCUUUGGUUUGUGUGGUGCCCCAGCCACAUUUUCCAGAGCAAUGGACUUAGUCCUGAGAGGUUUGACAUGGAAGACAGUCCUGGCAUUUCUCGAUGAUAUCAUCGUGCUUGGACGCAAUUUUGAGGACCAUCUCUCAAACUUGCGGGAGGCUCUUUCGAGAUUUCGGAGGCAUAAGCUAAAGCUUAAGCCAAAGGAAUGUAUCUUCUUCAAACAAGAAGUAGAGUUUUUAGGCCGUAAACUCGGCAAAGACAGCAUUGCUAUGACAGAACAUGACAUAGCAGUGGUGAAGGAUUGA